GGUAGAAGCUCAAGAAAAUUUCCAGUGUAGUGAAAUCUCUGACAGUCCAAAGCAGCUCUCUGACGAUAUACUUUCAUAUUUGUUAUAUUUUAUUAUCUUUAAGGACACCACAAUGCUAAGGAGCAGAUUUAUCAGUCUAAUCUUUACCACAUCUACUGUGAUAGUUCUUUUCCAAUUACACGUGGCGGAAGGAAUUCUGCGACGGUGCUAUCAAUGCAGAUCUCGGGGCGAUUUGGGCAGCUGUAAAGACCCUUUUCGGUUUAAUGCCACACAAAUCGAAGACGAGCGAGGCAUCACAGCCGUGCCCUGCGCUUCCGGCUGGUGUGGCAAAGUGAUUGAGGGCACAGGCAGUUUUCGCGAAGACGAUUACGAUGUCGCGACUCAACGCAUGUGCGUCCAAAGAGGUCCUUCUGAUUCUGAGGAUCGCUGCGCCUACACAGUCUUUAAUCACAAGAAGGUCUUCAUGUGCUUCUGCCAAGGAGAUCUGUGCAAUUCUGCACCCCAAAGCACUUUCAAUCACUUUACGAUGCUCCCAUUGAUGCUUCUUCCCGUGCUGCUGGCGAGUUACCGAAACAGAUAGAAAUUGCCGCUGAGAUUAUAUGUUGAAUGAGACUAAGAAAGGUUUGAUA